ACACCCUUUGUAAACAAACAACGGCUUGGUUUUUACUUUUAUCUAUCGCCUCUGUAUAUCCGAUUUGCGUUUUGGACUGAAAUUUAGUAUAUUUUUGAUGUCAGACAGGUGAGAUCUGGACGAGUAAAUUGCUUACUCCUGUUUCUUGAAACCAUGACAAGAACACUGAGAAGUCUACAGACAAUACGACAGUGUCUGCCAUUGGGGAGUUUUCUGACAUCUCACCAUACAGCCACAGAACAUGCAACAGUUAUGUUGUCAAGAGUAAGAACACAGAACCAGAGCUAUAGAAUUAUGUGUACAAACCCAGAAUCCAAAGACAAAGGCUACAUCUACAUAAACAACAAAAUGUCAUCGGAAGCCAUAGAGAAUUCAGCCUGGGCAUGCCGACUUGCUAAUGAAAAUGGGUACCUGUCGUGGUGCCGGAACUCUUACCUGAUGACAGGGGUGGGGGUCGGAAUGCUGUACAAAGGUCAUUCAGUCGUGGCAGAGCUAGCCGGGUACUCGGCCAUGUUCUUGGCUGGGGUCAAUGUUCUGUGGGGGACCUAUCUGUUUGUGUACAACCUGAUAUACCUGAGGGACAAGGUGGGAAUGUCUGGGGGAUUUGUGGCCCUCCAGACUCUCUCUGCCAUUGUCCAUGCCUUGCUCUAUGUGAUGAUCCUGAUUGUGUUUGCUGCAGAGAGUGACAAGUAUUUCCAACACCAUCCCAAAGAAUCGAUUGAAUCUCAGACUGAUUGAAAAGAGGAAACUGGCAAAAGACUUGACUGUAUCUUUUUUUAUUAUAUUGUUAUACUCUGCGCAAUUGUGAAUUGUAUUUUUUCAUAGAACCAUAAUGGACAAUGUCAUGAUUAUGUGAUACAUGUUUUUAUUAUCCAAUGCCCCAAAGGUGGCCAUUAUUGCUUUAUUACAUGUACUGUGCCUGUGUUUUGUAUCAUUUAUUUAGAUUUCUUGUUUUCUUAUUAGGUCAUAAAUUAACUCAACAAAACAUUGUUACUUUGGACAUUAAUUAAGGUCAAGAUCUAGUAAAUGAUUCCAGAGUGUCUUUUUGGUGCAAGAACCAUUUUGACAUCAUAAUUGAUUUGAUAAAAAAAAAUUCUAUACUUAACGGCUGUAAAGGAAUUACAUGUAUGUAGAAUAUUUAACAGUUUCUUCAGAUUCUUUAUUAAAUCACUGAAAAGUUUAUGAUACCUGAUACCUAUAUUGAAUAUUACAUCACUUUAAUGAGGAGGUCAAAAGCUUGUUUAAAAUUGUUUAUCAAGAGACAUUCUAGAAUGUAGGCAUUCUAGAUGUAUUUAAUUAGUCUAAAAUUGCCAUACUCUAAGAUUUGUUACUAUUUUCCUUCAUGUUAUACAGAAAUAGAAUGUUAAAAACAUGAUUUUUUCAUUGUGUAAACAAGAAAUUGAAGUCCCGGCACACCCUAUCGAAAAAAGCUGUUGUUAUGAAGCAUAUUUGAAAGAAAUUAUGUCCUGAAAUUCAUAAACCUGUAGGCAUCUCACAUUUUCUAGAUCUUGAUCUUAAUAUCUUGCCUUAUUAUGAUGGAUUUAUCAUUUAAUUCCUGUAAAUUCCUUAUAUUACGCGAGUACUUAAUUACGCGAAACCCGCUGGUUUGUAUCAAUUUGCCAGAAUAUAGAAUUGCGAACGUGGAACAUUGCUCUUCAUUUCUUAUAGUUCCUAACUCUUAGAAAAUAAUGGCGAGAUUUUAAAAUCCGCGACGGGUGCUUCUUGCGGUUUUAUGCGGAAAUUAAUUCCUGGUGUUUAAUUAGGAACCUACAGUAAUUUAUCAUGAGUAUUGUUAUGUUAUUUAGAAGCUUAUUUACCUUGUGAUUCUUUGUU